AUGAGUCGACUCAAACUCUAUGUCGCGGGCUCGGCCGUCAUGGCCAACAUCGUACUGAUGCGCGCAUACUACGAGCGCCCAAACUUCUACUCGGCCGCCGUCUACAUCUCCCAGAGCACCGGUUCUCUCAUGUUCCUGGUCAACCUAAUGCUCAUAGUCGCUGCGAGCUUCGGAUAUGGACUCCAACGACUCUUCUAUGGUCCUCUCCGCCCCAUCGAGACCGAGCAGCUAUACGAUAAGGCUUGGUUUGCUGUGAGCGAGACAUUACUAGCAAUGACCAUCUUCAGAGAUGAUAUUGGCAUGUGGUUCUUCGCCAUGUUCCUCUGCCUGCUCGCAGGCAAGGUCUGGCAGUGGAUCGGGGAGGGGAGAGUGGAGUUUCUCGAGCAACAGCCGCCUGCGAAUCCAAAGCUCUUCCACACACGCCUGAUGAGCUCUUUGUUACUUUCUGUUGCCUUCGACAUAUUCAUGAUGCAAUAUUGCAUCGAUUCGAUCCUCUCAGAGGCGCGGCCUGGUGUCAUGGUCAUGUUUGGCUUCGAAUACGUCCUCCUAGCGACCGCAUCAAUAUCGACCCUACUACGAUACACACUCUCGCUCGUCGAAAUGUUCAUCACACAGCGCCAGGAGAAGGCACGAGAGGAGGCUCGCAGAAUCGCAAGGGAACACGCACGUCAACAGGCUACUAUCAAUGGAGCCGAAGCGCCCACCGAGAUAGAGGACGAUGAAGAUGAAGGCGACGUGCCGGGAUGGGAGGAAAAGGGCCGCUGGGUGUUUUACUUGGACCUCGCGACAGACUUCGUCAAGACUCUUGUCUACCUGGGCUUCUUCGUCAUCCUCAUGACAUUCUACGGCAUACCGAUUCACAUCAUGCGAGACCUAUUCAUGACGAUCCGAUCUCUCCUCAAGCGAAUCAACGACUUUAUCCAAUACCGAAACGCGACCCGCGACAUGAACACCCGCUAUCCAGACGCAACAGCGGAAGAACUCGAACGAGAGAACACAUGCAUCGUUUGUCGCGAAGAAAUGCGGCCAUGGACACAACCAGGUGCAGAUGGCGCGCAGCCCGGUCGAAGGAUGGACGAGCGACAACGGCCGAAAAAGCUUCCAUGCGGGCACAUCCUGCAUUUUGGCUGUCUUCGUAGUUGGCUUGAGAGACAACAAGUGUGUCCCACGUGCCGAAGACCAGUACUCGCAUCGGCGACGACACAAAACACACAACGCAACAACCAAGCCAAUCCUGUGGAGCAAAACCAGCAGAACCGAGAGGCGCUACGAGCAAUGUUUGGAGGAAAUGCACAGCAGGGUGCUGCCGGAGGGCAACAAGGCCAGGAUCAAGGCCAGGGCCAACAGGCAGCACAGCAAGGUGCACAAGCAAAUCCCCCAGCAGGCAACAUGCGCGUCUUCAACUUCGGGCCCUUUAGGAUAGCUCUCGGGAAUAUUCGUGUACCACCAGGCCAACAGGACAACGUCGCUGUGCAGAAUGCGAUCCAGCGACUGCGUCAACAAGCCGCUGCGAACAACGUGGCGCAGAACCAAGACCAGCAAAACCAAGCACAGAGCCAGAUAGCCUUCACGCAAGGCGUUACUCCCAACUUUCCCACCGGCCCCAUGCCCGGAGCUGUCGCGCUUCAUCCGUCAGACAUUCAGUCGGACAUACUACGUAUACAACAGAACAUCAUUGAAUCGAUGCGACAUUUGAACGCGCAACAUGAGCAACUCGAGAUUGUCCACAGGCUUCUUGCUGAGCUCAACCGGCUUCAGCAAGCCUCUGGCGUAACAGCUGCAACAGGGCAAGAGUUACCACCUAUUGUCCCCUUGAAUCCACCCAGUAUGAACUCAUUCAUGCCACAGGCCUACUUCUCUAGAGGUUCCGUCUUGCGUCAGGGUGAUCCUGGUAUACCUGAAGGACUGACGCUACCGGAAGGGUGGACAUUGAGGCCGAUGGCACUAGCGCCACGGACUGGCCAAGAAAGCGCGACACGUCCGUCCUCGCAACCUGGACAUCUGGCGCAAGAAGGCAGCCCGGCCCAACCACAAUCACAAUCGUCGCAGCCAGUAGCGGAACCUGCAGCAGGACCUUCAACAUCUCCUGCUCUGACUCAGCAAAAUCAGCCAACUCCGUCAGCGACGAACACGACUGCUUCCGAUCAGCCUUCGAAUUCGUCGCCAAAGCCUCCCGAGCCUAGUAGUCUUGAGAGUAGUCUUGAGUCAAGCUGGAGCUUUGGCAACGUAGGGGAGAGGGCCGAGACUGAGGGUUCAAGCUCUGCAGUCGCUGGCAAUAACUCAGAGAGCCAGAGCGCGACGAGGCGGACGGUCACCAUAGAAGAUGUCGAAGACAGUGAACAGUAG